AAAAGACAAAAAUGUCAUUCUUUAAUUUCCGUAAGAUCUUUAAGUUGGGAGGUGAAAAGAAAAAGAAGCAGUAUGAGCAUGUCAAGAGAGAUUUGAAUCCAGAGGACUAUUGGGAAAUUAUAGGAGAACUGGGCGAUGGUGCUUUUGGCAAAGUAUUCAAGGCUCAGAACAAAGAAACCAAUAUCCUGGCUGCUGCAAAGGUGAUUGAUACUAAAUCAGAAGAAGAACUAGAAGACUACAUGGUUGAAAUUGAUAUCCUAGCAUCAUGUGAUCAUCCCAAUAUCGUAAAACUUUUAGAUGCUUUUUAUUAUGAAAAUAAUCUUUGGAUCCUGAUUGAAUUCUGUGCUGGUGGUGCUGUGGAUGCUGUAAUGUUGGAACUUGAGAGGCCAUUAACAGAACCACAGAUCAGGGUAGUUUGCAGGCAGACGCUUGAAGCACUGCAUUAUCUACAUGAAAAUAAGAUAAUUCACCGUGAUCUAAAAGCUGGCAAUAUUCUUUUCACAUUAGAUGGAGACAUAAAAUUAGCGGAUUUUGGAGUGUCUGCUAAAAAUACAAGGACAAUUCAGAGACGGGAUUCUUUCAUUGGUACCCCAUAUUGGAUGGCUCCUGAAGUGGUAAUGUGUGAGACAUCAAAAGAUAGACCUUAUGAUUAUAAGGCUGAUGUUUGGUCUUUAGGCAUCACCUUAAUAGAAAUGGCUGAAAUAGAACCUCCUCACCAUGAACUGAACCCUAUGCGUGUUCUGCUGAAAAUUGCAAAGUCGGAACCUCCUUCUUUGGCACAACCUUCAAAAUGGUCAGCUGACUUUAAAGACUUCUUAAAGAAAUGUUUGGAGAAGAAUGUAGAUGCCAGAUGGGGCACUGCUGAACUUCUACAGCAUCCGUUUGUUACGGUCACUUCCAAUAAACCAGUCCGAGAGCUGAUUGCAGAAGCUAAAGCUGAGGUUACGGAAGAAGUUGAGGAUGGAAAAGAUGAAGAUGAAGAGGAGGAAUCUGAAAAUUCUUUGCAGUUACCUGCAAAUAAGCGAGCCUCAUCUGACCUCAGUAUUGCUAGCUCAGAAGAGGAUAAGCUGUCGCAGAAUACCUGUCUUCUGGAGUCUGUUUCUGAAAAAACUGAACAAGCGUCUGCUGUAGAGACCAGUACUGAUAUACCUGUAGAUGAAAAAAUGAUGGUUGAGUCCAACAGAAUUGAAAUUGAAAAAUCCAAUGGAAGCAUAUCUGAUUCUACCCAAGAAAAUACUGAAAAGCUGCAGAAUGGAUCCAUUUUACUGGGAGAAGACGCAGAAGCUAAGAAAAAUAGAGUUCAAAAUACAGUGUUGAUAGAAGAUUUUGCAUCUCAGAACAAAGGAAAAGAAAUGGAUGUGCUGGUAACAGAAACAAAUGUUGACCCCAAGAAAGAAAAUGACUUUGCAAAUGAAUCAAUGACUGAAAGCACACAAAAGAUAUCACCUGAACCUGAAAGCAGCGAUGCAGAUGUUACAGAAGCAAUACCUAAAGAGGCUGAGAAGGGAGAAGAAAAAUGUGGUGAUACAAACCUUCAAGAAAAUGAAGCAGGGAAAGAAAUAAAAAUAGAAGGAACUGAAGAAGUUAAGGAGUUGCAAGAUAGCACAUGUGAAAAGAGUGACCAGAGAGAAUCUGAAGUUAAUAGAAAUGAAGUUAUUAUAGGUACUGAUGAGUUUCUUGUGAAAGAUACAGUUGAUCCAGAUGAGAGAGUACAGGAGCAAGUGAAAGCGGAUAGCAGCAGUGCUCCAGAGAGUGAGAGUGCUGAGAGAUCUUUGAACAGUGAUGUAGAUGAGAUGCUUGAAAGUGUACAGAAGUCAACAGAGGAUAUUGCUGAGGAAGUUCAGGAAAAAGGUUCCUCUGAACCAACUCCUGUUAAAGAUGAAGGCCAAGUAGUCAAUUCUGUUCAGCAGCUAGUUGAGAGAAGUAUGGAGAAGGCAACGGAAGUAAAGGAAACAGACGUCAAAGUUUCAUCAGGAAUGGAAGACAAGGAGCAGAAGUCUGUAGAAUGUGACACUCAGCAUGUUGAGGAGAAAAGCACAACUGAGGAAAGCAACAUUGGUCACCAAACUGAAGAACCUGAACGUAAAUUAGAAAGAGCUGAGGAAAACCACAAGGCUAUCAUUCAGAUAGACACAGAUCUUCCAGUGGUUUCCAGUGAUGUGAAAUCUGAUACAGUCAUCAAACAGCCACAUGCGAACGAGUUCUCUCCAGUACCCAAUAUUAGCAUUAGUUGUGUUGAAAAUGAAGGGAAAGAUAAAUUAGGCAUUCAGAGUAGUGUUGAAAACUCUAAAGAAAACGAUGCCGAUUCAGGCACUGGUUCCACAGCUGACAACAGCAGCAUUGAUUUGAACUUGUCAAUUUCCAGCUUCCUCACUAAAAACAAGGAUAGUGGUUCAAUGUCUUUACAAGAAACUAAAAGACACAAGAAAACUUUAAAGAAAACACGCAAAUUUAUUGUUGAUGGAGUAGAAGUAAGUGUGACCACUUCUAAAAUAGUCACUGAGAGCGAUUCCAAAAGUGAAGAAAUGCGGUAUCUUCGGCGGCAGGAACUGCGGGAAUUGCGACUUCUCCAAAAAGAAGAGCAGCGAGCUCAGCAGCAGCUCAGUAAUAAACUGUUACAACAACGAGAACAGCUGUUCAGGCGCUUUGAACAGGAAAUGACAAGUAAGAAGCGGCACUAUGACCAAGAAAUUGAAAAUCUAGAAAAACAGCAGAAACAGACAAUAGAGCGCUUGGAACAAGAACAUACAAAUCGCUUACGUGAUGAAGCAAAACGCAUCAAAGCAGAACAGGAGAAAGAGCUGACCAAGUUCCAGAACAUGUUGAAAAACAAAAAAAAAGAGGUUUUUAAUGAAGUGGAGAAAGCACCAAAAGAGCUGAGAAAAGAGCUCAUGAAACGCAAGAAAGAGGAGCUUACCCAAUCCCAGCAUGCUCAGGAGCAAGAGUUCAUACAGAAGCAGCAACAAGAAUUGGAUGCAUCACUAAAGAAAAUCAUUCAACAGCAAAAAACUGAGCUAGCCACUAUUGAACGGGACUGUCUUAAUAACAAGCAACAGCUCAUGAGAGCCCGUGAAGCUGCAAUAUGGGAGCUUGAAGAGAGACACUUGCAGGAAAAGCACCAACUGCUCAAACAGCAACUGAAAGACCAGUACUUCAUGCAGAGACACCAGCUGCUUAAACGUCAUGAAAAGGAAACAGAGCAAAUGCAAAGAUACAACCAGAGGCUUAUCGAGGAGCUAAAAAACAAGCAAACCCAGGAAAAAGUCAGACUGCCCAAAAUCCAACGUAGUGAAGCAAAAACUAGAAUGGCGAUGUUCAAAAAAAGCCUGAGAAUUAACUCAUCAAGCACUCCAGAACAGGAUCGUGAGAAGAUUAAGCAGUUUGCUGUUCAAGAAGAAAAGAGGCAUAAAAAUGAAAGACUGGCUCAGCAUCAGAAGCAUGAAAAUCAAAUGCGAGACCUCCAACUGCAGUGCGAGGCCAACAUUAGAGAAUUGCACCAGCUACAGAAUGAAAAAUGCCAUUUACUGGUUGAACAUGAGACUCAAAAACUAAAAGAGCUGGAUGAAGAACACAGCCAAGAAUUAAAAGAAUGGCGAGAGAAAUUGAGACCCAGGAAAAAGACAUUAGAAGAAGAAUUUGCUCGGAAGCUUCAAGAACAGGAGGUCUUCUUUAAAAUGUCUGGAGAAUCUGAGUGCCUUAAUCCAUCAACACAAAGCCGGAUUUCUAAAUUCUAUCCAAUCCCUAGCCUGCACUCCACUGGAUCAUGAAUCUGGAAACCUUUUGCAGGGGUUGGGCUUUCUUUCUUCUGUAAUAUUUUCAAUUUCUG